ACUCUUUAGAAUGUGUGUCAUCUACUAAUUAUUCAUGACUGUUUAUGCGUGGAUGCCUGUGGGUGAGUGACUUUGUUCUGUGGUUGGACAGGCUUGAAACCCAGGUUACUAUGGUAUCAAUGGACCGUGCAGGGUCGCACACAAUGCCAAUGUUGUCAAGCUCAGCUGUCAAACCUAACAUCGCUUUUCAUCAGCUGACAUUGGUUUUGCUGACAUACUACCUUCACAGGUCCCUAGAGGUAAGAAUAAUUAACUGCACCAACACCGAGCUCCAAAUAUUUGAAGACUCACCUGCUCCAGUCACGUGUGGAGACAUCACCAGUGCAGAUCUUGAUGUUGUCUGGCGACGAAGUGAUGGAGUCAGCAUCGGAGAGUGUAGUGCUGCCGGUACCUGUAGAGAUGACUUAUACAACGACUACAGACUCAGCAGGUCACCGAUGUCCACGGAGAGUCAGCUGACCCUUGUCCCUGAUUACCGACGUCACGCGCGUCUCACGGUCACGUGUCAAGAAAAAGCGAGGAGCUCCACAGACUCCUGUACUCUCGUCAUCAAACGUCACUCUGUGCUCAGUGAGUGUCACGUGACCACCAACCCUGUGGACUGGACUGUGUCAGGUUCAUGUCGUGUACAACAAGCUUUCUCCUCUGAUAACAUCUACACCUGUACAUGGACACGGAACGAUGGGCAGCAGACACUAGGAGGGUUCGAUGCCAGUCGUGAGCUGUGUUCGUUCACACAAGCUCUGCCACAAGCCGGGGGACUGUACACCUACAGCAUUUCUGUGUCUCCUCCUGCUACUACAGCCUUUUCUCAGCAACUGACACUAGAUACAGUGGAACCCGGUGACGUAACAACCACGUGUCCACACUCGGUGGUGAGAGGAGGAGACCUGUCCUGUACAUGUCAGACGACAAACACCGCCAGUCCUCCAGCCACAGUGAGAUGGGAGGGACGAGACAGUGAGAAGCUGGUGAAGACUAACGUACAGCGGGAGGACAACGGCACACAGUUCACGUGUCACGUGACAUGGGCUGGGCGUGUCUACACCUCCAUCAACUACACUCUGCUGGUUGCAUCGACCGAGAAUGUCAGCGAUGUCCCGGGAACAACAAAUGUCUCAUCAUCUGCACCGGCUGUCAUCGGACCAAUCAUCGGGGUCAUAGUUGUUAUGGUUGUUAUCGCCAUCAUUGCCAUUUUUCUCUUUAUUUACAUCAGGCAACGAAAACAAAAGUUAAAUAAAAUACCACAGGAAACAGCUGAGUGCCAGACAGAAAAUGACGAUGUCAUCAAAGAACCUCCACUGUACACGCAUCUCACGCCCCCUGUUGAUAACCAAGACUAUGAAGACCUCCAUGUCAGAGGCAGGACAGAGGAUGCCACGACUAGAACUCUGUCAGCAAUAAACGUGUAUCAGAACACCCUGAGACUGGCAGAGAACACCUAUGACACAACUUCUACACCAUCUGAAGAACAUCACUACACAGAGCUUCAGGUGAAGGCUACGCCGGGAGUCACACCAAGAGACCUGUCCAACCGAGAGGAAGAGGAUGGCAAUGUGUAUUAAACUGUUUCAUAAAGCUGUUUGAAAAAUAUUCUGUCGACAUCAGGCAUUCAUAUCGCAAAUCUUUCGUUUAUUUUCCACCUUAUCGACAAAAAUAAAUAUUGCUUUCAGAUGUUAUAUUGUUUACAUUCAAAGUAUUGUGCAAAAUAAUGAAUGUUGACUUUGACCCUUGGCCCUGACUCCGGAUGUUGAGGACUUGCUAUAGACGAGACAUUCAGUGACACAAGGCCACAGGAGGAAACAACAUUAAAUGCUAUGCAGUGUCAAAGGUCACACUGCGACUAAUCAGCAAUCAAGAUGACGAGGAUAAUGUGGACUGGUGUGAAGAUGUCUGGUUGUCUGGCGAGAUAAUUUUCCUUCUAAAUCUUCUCUUGUUUCAAGAAAUACUAAUAUCGUGAUGACAGAGCAGGCUGCUACAAUUUUUUCCCGUGAGAGUAGAGUUCAGUGUAUAGGGUUAGUAAUUUGUAUUAUAUUGUAUGUCUUUGAAAGACUACUGAGUAUAUGAGGUGAGUUAAUGGUCCCACUCAAUGCUCUACUAUAAUUUGUAUUCAUGCAAUAAACGUCCUUUUGAAAUAAA